CUGGACUCCCCCUCCCACAGAGCGGCUGAGAGAGGAGCUGGAAGCUGAGAAGUUCCAAGCGGUGGAGGAGGCUCGAGUGAUUGUCUCCAAGCACUUGGAGUACGUCAACACUACCCUCAGGGAGCAGCUGGCCGAGGCCCUCACCGCCAACAAUCAGUACCGCGAGGAACUGGAAGCGACCAAGUCGGCCUUGACGCUGAGAGAGGAAGUCAUCGCCUCGCUGGAGGAGGACCUGACCAGAGUGAAGGAUGCUGAGGGCGUCGUCGCCGCCAGCUGCACCACCUCUCAGACCUCCCUCGCCUCCUCACACGACUCUAGCAGCUCCCACGGCUCCACCAACUCCCAAGACAGACUCAGUCUCUCCGAGUCCGUGGGGGCGUCUCUCGACAGCCAAGACGACGCUCAAAAGUCAGGUGGUAGCGGCCUGUUGGGCAAGGUAUUUGGAAGUGGGUGGUUCACCGGGUCGAAGACCAAGGAGAGCAGUAGGCGAGGGAGUGGCCCGGGCAAGCCGUCCACCUGAACACUCUCCCCUCCUCCCUCCGUCGACCCCGUCACAAGUCUACGGAGUUCACCCGCCAGAUUUCAUUUACGCCUCUGCUCAGGUUCGGAUAACUCUAAUUCGAAGCACCGAGACAUGCUUCGAGCCUCAAGAUCAUGUCUUCAGAGGUGUUUACUGAAAGUCUUCCUUCAUCACUCAUUACGACGUUCUCAUCAGAUGACAUCAUCAACAGUUAUUUAU